AGAAGUAUAUUACAGCUUGAAAUCUCUAGUCUCAAAACAUAUUAAUAUUAUAAUUUUGUCGCUGUUUUUUUACAAAGAUAUAUCGAAAUAAACGAGAAAUCGCGACCGCGAUUUCGAACCUGGUGAUAAAGUUUGACAAAUUUCGUAAAAAGUCUCUCGAUUGGAAGAACGACGGAGAUGAAUGGGGUUUGAUCGAACAAGCUCUGUGGCAAACUGUGGCUGUGACGACGCUUCGACACGAUGUCGGCUCGACUAAAUUUCAUCUUUCUCGGUUGUUUAGCAACGUUAUUGGCGAGCUCUGUCGCGCAGGAUAUUCUAGGAUGCGGCGGCUUUCUAAAGAGUCACGCUGAUAUCGAUUUUACGAAAGUAUACGUCAGGCUGUAUACGAAGACCGGUAGUCUAAAGGAUCAUACGGAAUGCGCACCUAACAAUGGCUAUUAUUUUCUUCCUCUCUAUGACAAAGGCGAAUACAUAUUAAAAGUAGAUCCUCCUAGAGGUUGGAGCUUUGAGCCUACUGAAGUAGCAUUGAAUGUAGAUGGUGUCACGGAUGAUUGUAGCCAAGGGAAAGAUGUUAACUUCACGUUCAAAGGAUUCGGCAUCACAGGACGAGUUAUCAGUUUGGGUACCGAUUCGGGUCCCAAAGGAAUCACUAUCUCCUUGUACAUGGAGAGCAAUAAGCAGGUUCCAGUUAGAUCAACGGUCACAACUGAUGGUGGGAUAUUUUACUUCACCCCCAUUCAGCCUGGGAAAUAUAUUCUCAUUGUGUCUCAUCCCAAAUGGAUAAUAAGGGAAAGUACAGUCGAAGUAACUGUGCAAGAGGGGAACACAGAGCUCCCGGACGGUAGCCUGGUAGUGUCCGGAUACGAUGUCAGUGGCAAAGUUACCAGCGAGAAUGAGCCAGUGGCUGGUGUGUCCUUCAUCCUCUUUGGAAAUGGCGUCGCAAAAAACUGCGACACGACGCCCGUGGCGAAGGAUUUCGAGUCCAAGAAGCCGCUCUGCCACGUCAUCUCAGACAACGGCGGUAGAUUCGUGUUCCCCAGCUUAUCUCCGGGCGAAUACAAACUAGUGCCUCACUACGCCGGCGCCCAGACGAAGUUCGACGUUCAGCCGCAGGAAUUGUUCUUCAAAGUCGGCCACGGCAGCCUGCUGCUCGCGCAGGACUUCAAGGUGACCGGCUUCACGGUCGGCGGGCUUGUACGCAGCUUUACGAACGGCAGCCCUUUGCCGGGGGCGAAAAUAUUCCUCUCGCAGAAGGAAGUCGCUGUCACGGACAAGAACGGGAAAUACGUGUUGGAUAAUAUGAAAGCCGGCCAAUAUACGCUCAGAGCGGAGUCCGCGAACGUGCAAUUCAGCGAAAAGACGGUGAAGAUAUCUCCGAGCUCGCCUGAACUCCCGGUGCUGGUACCAUCGGCGUACAAAGUGUCCGGCAAGGUGACGCUGUCGGCGAAGGGCACGCUGCACUUCCGCAAACUGGCCAUUCAGAAUACCGCCGCCACGUUCUACAAGGAGCUCGACAUUCAGGAGAAGACCGGCGAGUUCUCCGUCUAUCUCGUGCCGGAUAAGUAUCAGCUGAGCGUGAUUGUGAGCACGGAGGAGAAGGCCAAGGGUUUGCAAUUCUUCCCGCUGCAGCAGACGAUCGACGUGAUGUCCCAGCCGAUCACCAACGUUAACUUCUUACAGCUGAAAGCCACGUUAACGGGCACGGUGAAUUGCUUGCAGGGGACCGACUGCAGUCAAGCCUCUGUCACUCUGAAGAUACUCGACGGAGUGACGAUAAAGACGGUGCAAGCGAAAGACGGCCAAUACCAGUUCACGGACGUGUUGCCGGGCCACUACGAGGUGCUGAUCGACAACGACGUGUUCUGCUGGGAGAAUCCCAGCUUCAUGGUCUCGAUAACGUCGGAGCGCGCUGAAGUGCCGUCAUUCAAGCAGACCGGCUUCUCCAUCACCUUCAUAUCUUCCCACGACACGGCCGUGGAAUACUCCGAGCCUAACAACACGAAACUAAUCACUUUGCCAUUGAACAAAGGCAGCACAAGACAUUGCGUGCCGAAAUCGGGAGCGUACACCUUCAUCCCGAAGGGCUGCCACGUGUACGACAAGUCCUCUUACACCUGGGACACGAACAAUCUCUCGCCGAUCUUGCUGCACUCCACCGAGCACACUCACAGAGGCAGCAUCUUGAGUUACAGCGCGCAGAGUAGUCUCAAAGUCAAGAUUGAAGACGGGGGCAACAGCACCACUGUUGGCCCAUUGAAGCAUGUGAUGAAGGACGGCAUUCCACUUAGCGGCGUAUACAAGUAUGAGUUCGAGUUCAAAGCGAAAACGGACAAUAUGUACACCAUCACUCCGCUGUCGGACAUUCUGCUAUUCAGUCCGCCAUCCUUGAAGAUCAUCGGCGUGAACGAUUGCCAUAAUGACAUCGCGAGUUUCGUCGGCGACCUGGGAAAGAUUAUAGCUGGGGAAAUCGUGCCGCCUUUGGAAGGCGUGGCGAUACAGAUCUUCGGCAAGGAUAAAGAGUCGCCGAUUCACACGCUGGUCACGGAGAAGAACGGCGUUUACAGCGUCGGUCCUCUCGACGGGAAGAUCGAAUACAGUGUGAAAGCUGAGAAGGAAGGUUUCGUGAUCACUGAGACCGAUAAGAAAGGGGUGUUCUGGGCGCACAAAUUGGCCGAGAUCAUCGUCGAAGUUUCCGACCGCGCUGACAAUUCCUCUUUGCAGGGCGUGCUGCUUUCUUUGUCCGGCGGCCAAAGCUACCGCAAGAACAGUAUAACCGGCGAGGGCGGCAAAUUCGUGUUCAACUCGCUGUCCCCGGGCGAGUAUUACCUCCGGCCGAUGAUGAAGGAGUAUCGCUUCGACCCGCCGUCGAAGAUGAUCAACGUCGAGGAGGGAGAGACCAUCAAAGUGCACUUGUUCGGCAAUAGAGUUGCGUAUAGCGCCUACGGCUCCGUGACUUCCUUGAACGGGGAACCUGAGGUGGGUCUAUUGGUCGAGGUUCAGGGCCAAGGGAAUUGCUCCAAUCUGCAGGAGGAGGCCACGACCGAGGAGAACGGUAACUUCCGGAUUCGCGGCCUCCAGCCCACGUGCACUUACGUGUUCCGUCUGAAACCGAAUGCAGAGGUGAACGCUCACAUACAACGCACGAGCCCCGGCUCGCAGCUGGUGCAGCCGAUGGAGGACGUGCACGGGCUGCGUUUGAUCGCCUUCCACCCGAUCUCGCGCACCGAUGUCGCGGUGCACGUGACGUCUGCCCAGCCGGAGCACUACCGCACGAUCAAGGUGAAGCUCUGCCAGGAUGAUAUGCCUGAUUCGCCUGUGCACGUGUCUAAGUUAGACGUCCAGCAGACCGGUAAGAUCGCCAGCAGCUACAACGCCGGCUUCCUCGUGCACUUCCCGCCGCUGCAGGCCGACAGCCGCCGGUACUUCGUACAGUUGGAGUCCUCGCUGUCGCAGUCCGUGCACAAGUACUAUACCGCGCCGGUUUACUUCGAGGCGAACUCGUCGUUCAAGUACAUGAGGCUGGCCUUCAACGCGGAGCGCAAGGUCGACCAGGCCGAGAUGAGUCAGACGUCGGUGGUCGCGCUGCCGUUCAUCGCGCUGGUCGCCUUGGCCUUCUUCAACCGCGAGACCCUCUGGACAUGGCUGAACGCGCUGCUCGACAAGCGCUCCAAGCCCGUGCCGAGCUCGAGGGCGCCCGUCCAAGCCAUCCCCAUCGAUCCCAGGACGGACGACAUCAUAGUCGAGCAGAUAAUGAACAUUAACAAGAGGAAGACGAAGCCGCGGAAGGCGUAAGUCGGUGUCAUCUGACCGACGUUCGUUCUCUUCACAUGUUGAGGCUCCGGUCCCCCCCCCCCUCCUUCUUCGUCUCGAUCUUUUCAAUCGAUGACGUCGGAAACGGGAAGACGUACGUCCAAAAUUCUCGCACAGUGCGUUGGAAUAAAAGAAUACGUCCGUAAAAUCGAGCACGACUUUGCAAAACGAUCCGAAAACUUUACUUUUACUUCGACAAUCUCGAUAAAUAGUUGUGAAAUCAUAGCUGGAAAGGAAGAUCACGUGUCGCGUUAAUUUUACAAUUAUUACCGCAAAGAGCAAGUUUUUUUUGGGGGAGGUAUUUUACAAAUACGAACUAUCGGUCACAAGUGGGUCGAAUUUCACGGACGUAUUCUUUGAUUUCAGUGUGUUUCGCGCGUUUUCUCACUUCCGAUGUCGUCAAGCAAAGCAACUGCAGAACAGGACCGGCUAAGCCUAUUCUGUAGCUUUUAAGCUGCGUCCGGAAACCUCAUCUAGAUGCACACACGUCGAAGCUCGCGCCGUUCACAAACUGGGUGCACCUCAGGAGGGAAAUUUUUCAUCCUGAAGUUCCUUUGAUGGUAUUCGACGUAUUUGCGUUCGGGAACUAUCCGCGCUCGGAGUGAAACCUGCCUUCACCGCCGUCAUUCGCUCUGCUCAACCUUCCUCUACCCUCAGGAUGAUAUUUCCGAACGCAGCCUUAACGACAGUGUCAAUAUCGUUACGUUGUUGUUGCACAGAUACAAUAUAUAGCAGAAAAGUUGCGCGUCGACAACGUAAUAAUGGGCACUUUCAAUUUAGCUGCACAAAUCACAAGUAUCUUAUCUUUGUUAUUCUCUGAGUACGUAACAAAGACAAAAUGUCCUUUGUAUCGACUCGUAAAUGGAAAGCACCCAAUAACGACCCCAAUAACUGAGAAAAGUUACAGAAUAAGGCUGCAGGAGCCAUAAGAAUCAUAAUCACUGCUGUGAUCUCGAAGCGAAAGAAAUUCACGUCAAGAUCUCGUACAUAGGUAGAUGCAGAGAUAUCUUGGCCUUGGUUCAUGUUUUGUAAGCCUAGCGUCUUAUUCUGGACGCGUGUCGAGCGUUAAAUCCACCUCUCCGAUCGCCAAGUCCGAAACUAUGUUUAUAUGUAAAUCUUGCGUGAGAAGAACGGAACUUGGAAUUGAAGUGGCGCAUUUAGCAUCCGUUGUCUACACUCUUGGACGGAAUAGUUGGACACAGCAUGUUCCUUUUGAUGACUUUUCAAACGUAUUUCGUAUCUAAUAGGAAAAUGUACCUCUUCUAAAAAUUAUUAAAAAAUGUAACAAAUUUUCCCGUUGCGUUGCGAAACUCGUUGAAAGAGCAGUUGUACAAUUAUUAUGUCCAUGGGAUUACACGGCCAGAAUAGGAACGAUCGCCGCAUACUUGGAUAUAUAUACUCGUCACGGCGAUUGCGCGCGCGUCAUCGAGACGUUAGCUUCUCGACGCACUCGGUGUACUCGGGACUGUUAAUAUUUAUAUGGGUUAAGUUUAUGUCGCGGGUUCGCGUCCUAUUCGCUGUGCCAGACACAGAUGUGUCUGCUGCGGGAUGAAUUCACGAGUAUCUAGGAAGCUCGUCGACGUAAUAUUUUAAGGGAGACUUCAAUACAUAACGUAAAACGUAACGAGCGCAACGAGCGCGAGGAUGUUCACGAUCGAGAGGAUCGUUCGAUACAUAAGCCGUUACACAUCGUUAAUUAAAGUAAAAUGUACAUAUAAAGAGAUUGCUGUAUUGUAUAAUAUUUUGUGCGGAGCCUCCGUUAUUAAAGAUUCUUACUUUCAA